AUGGCGUUACGCGCCGCAGAAUGGCACAAGCUGCCUACAAGCCUUACCGAACUAUGCAUUGACACUACCUUGCGCUGCGGGCAGUCUUUCCGGUGGCGCAAGUCUGCUGAAGGCGAAUGGUCAGCAGCCCUCCAUGGUCGCAUCCUCUCUCUCCGCCAGGAUCCCCAAUAUUUACACUACCGAGCCAUAUACCCAUCCAUUACCACCGCACUGCCCACGCCACCUCCGUCCAAUGCGCCUUCCGUCGCCCCCGAAGAAGAUGACACACUUGCCCUUGUCAACCACUACUUCAACCUCUCGCCAAACCUUGGCCAUCUAUACGAGCAAUGGGCAGCCUCAGAUGCCAACUUCAGGAAGCGAGCACCCAAAUUCACAGGCAUACGCAUACUGCGACAAGAUGCAUGGGAAGCACUUAUUGGCUUCAUAUGCAGUAGCAACAACAACAUCGGCCGCAUAUCCGGCAUGGUACACAACCUCUGCCUGCACUAUGGACCUCUGAUCGGGCACAUCGACGAGGUUCCCUAUCACGAUUUUCCCACACCCGCCGCUCUCUCUGGUCCAGACGUAGAAGCCCAUCUCAUGAAGCUUGGCUUUGGAUACAGGGCAAAGUACAUCGCUAAGACUGCACGCAUAGUAUCAGAGGACAAGGGUUUGAAGUGGCUCGAAGAUCUAAGCAACCCCGAAUAUCCUCAGUUUGGCGUUGAAGAGAAGCCAGCUGGGGACAUGCUUGAAGGUGGUCGAGAGGGGUACAGAAAAGCACAUGAGGAGCUACUCGCACUUCAUGGUGUAGGCCCCAAAGUUGCAGACUGUGUGUGCCUUUUUGGUCUCGGCUGGUCUGAGUCUGUGCCGGUCGAUACCCAUGUUUGGCAGAUUGCGCAGCGCGACUAUCGCUUCGGCAAAGGCAAACACAGCAGCUUGACAGCAGCAACAUAUGUUGCUAUAGGCAAUUUGUUCCGCAAACUAUGGGGGAAGGAAGCAGGUUGGGCGCAUUCUGUAUUAUUUACGGCGGAUCUAAAGGCAUUUUCGGAACGAGUGGUUGCCAAAGUAGAGGUGAAAGAAGAGGUCGUGAUCAAAAAGGAGGAUGACGAGACUGUGAUAGAAACUGCAGUGAAGAAGGAGGUGACAAAACGGAAGCGGAUCAAGAAGGAGCCACUACCAGACGAGAGCCCAAUUGUGCAAGUGAAGCAGGACCCUACGCGAAGGAGUAAGCGACAACGCGUCUAG